UUCACCUCCCUACAAAGACGCUGCAGCGUAUCCAACUGUACCAAAUGCCGUCUUUCUCCUUACAGGUGAAGUUUGACUGGAUAACGAAGAUAUAGCCUACACGGACUGCUGCUAGUGUUAAAGGAGAUAGAUUCGAGAGUGGACUACGGCUACCGAGUUCGAAACAGCAAAUCCAACGACUGACGACAAUGUCCAGCGAAAGCACGGGUCUCGUCUAUUUGAUCACCGGGGGAUGUGGUUUCCUUGGACAGCACCUGUUACAAGUUCUUCUUGAGAAGGAGAACCACAUAUCAGAGAUUCGCCUAUUUGAUAAACACAUUGACGCUAGUCUACAGGAUCAAAGCACAGAUCGGGUGAAAGUGACUGUGAUCCAGGGAGAUAUCACUGAUUACCCCAGUGUGGUGGAUGUCUCUAGGGGAGCCGACCUGGUCAUUCACACAGCCAGCCUGGUGGACGUUUGGAACAGAGUCCCUGAGAGACUCAUACAGGCUGUCAAUGUGCAAGGCACGGAGAACAUGAUCAAUGCCUGUGUGGAAAACGGGAUUCAGUAUUUAGUGUACACCAGCAGUAUGGAGGUGGUGGGACCCAACGUAAAAGGAGAUCCUUUCAUUAGGGGUGACGAAGAUACAAAGUAUAAUAUUUUCCAUGACAUGCCCUAUCCCAGGAGCAAGGCGGCCGCAGAGAAACUGGUGCUGGAGGCCAAUGGAAAAAAGGUUAAGGGUGGAGGCCCUCUGUACACAUGCUCCCUCAGGCCUACCGGUAUCUAUGGUGAACAGCAUCAGCUCAUGAAGGAGUUUUACCAGAAUGGGGUGCGAACUGGAGGAUGGCUGAUUAUGGGUGUCCCCCGCGAAACAGAACAUGGCCGGGUAUAUGUCGGCAACGUGGCCUGGAUGCAUCUGCUGGCAGCCCGUUCGCUUCGUGAGCACCCUGAGAGGUUGGGAGGGGAAGUGUAUUUCUGCUACGAUGACUCACCCUACAAGAGCUACGAGGAGUUCAACAUGCAGUUCUUGUCAGCCUUCAACUUCCGGCAGCUUCGUGUGCCAGUGUGGCUCCUGUGGUUCAUUGCCUGCUUCAAUGAUCUCCUGCACUGGCUGCUCAAGCCAGUGCACUGCUAUGCUCCUCUGCUCAACCGCUACACGCUGGCUGUGGCCUGCACCUCCUUCACCGUGCGCUCCGACAAGGCCCAGCGGCACUUCCAGUACCGUCCACUCUACGACUGGGAGGAGUGCCAAGCCCGAACCCAGCGUUGGGUAGACACCUUCCCCCUCACCACAGCUGAUGCCAAGAAUGCCUGAUUUAUGGCUUGACUCUCUUAUAGGCUUCUGUAUAUUCCUAUUUAUUUUGUAAUUCAUACUAUAUUGUUUAUGAGGACACGCUUGUCCUUGUUUUAAUUAACGGAUUAAAUACUGGAAUGAGUGUAAAGGAAAGUAAUCAAUACCAUUUGAUUGCAGCAGAUCUCCUGCACUGUUAGUUCUGUUGUUAUUGCAGAGAGAAUAAUCAAAGGACGUUUUAAUGUCUCCUAUCCAUUUUUUUGUUCAGAAAAGUCUGAAAGGAACGUUUAAGAAGGAGAAGAAAGUGUCAUAACUUAUGUGUAUUGUAUUACUAUUCUACUGUAUGUGUAUUCUGUUCCAGUUCUUUUUGAGUCUCAAGUUGGUAAUGUGAAGCGAACUGUUUGUAGCCCUAAGGUUCUCAGAAAAAGGAAACAAUGUGAAAGACAGAGCAUGUUGUAUGUAUGUACAUUUUUAAUGUGAGAAAAGAAAGUUUGACAGAAAGUGUCUCUUCUUCAGAUGUUUUGACUGAAGUGAGAUGAAUUUGGGUGAACAUUGUCUGAAGUAUAGUAUAUGGCAUGCCGCUGAUGUGACAAUUAAAAGUCUUUAUAUAUUUAUAAAAGUCUUUUAAAACAAUAUUCCCAGAUGCCAUUUAUAUUAAGUUGUGGCGAGUUUGGAGAUUUAGGCAAUACAUUGCCAUUUGUAGAAUAUUUGACAAUGUUGUUCCUUUAUGGACAUUGCAGUGAAAUAUUUGGUUAGAGAAGAUGCUUGUGUUUUCAUCCAUGAUGCUUGCAUUUCUUUAUAAUCAUCCAUUACCUCAGUGUCAUUACUUUCAUCCAUAGCAUUAUCAGUCGAUGUAUCAUCACUUAGACAUAACAAUAUGUAGAGGAAAUUGUUUAAAAAUGGGGUUAUGGUUAUAUCUGUCUUACUACAGUAUUAUUUUACAACCAUAUUGAAAAGGGAGCUGAACUGUAAGUCUAUGACCAUUCCAAAUGUAGUCAUUUUAAUUGUCAGGUAAACAACUGCAUGUCCUUUGUGUGUUGACAAGGACACAGAAACUCAUUCUUGUUAUUAAAAGUGUAAUUUUGUAUUGUGUAAUUGAAAAAUAUAUUUAUUCUAUUAUUAACAUAUAUUUAUUUAAUCUAAUUAUAAAGACAAAUAAAUCAUUUUAUCUUUU